AUGUCAGUUAUCGCCCGAGUCCCGAAGUCCGAUUACCGAAGCCCAAAAGUAGAAAUAAUGGUAAUACUCGAUACUAUGGAAAGUAUUGGUAAUUUAGAAGAACAAGCUUUGAAAAGGAAAGAAAGGCUUAAAAAUCUGAAACGAAAAGCACCAAACAGUGAUGACACUGUAGAAAGCACAUCGAAAGCUGAGCCUGUGGUACUUCCAAAACCUAAGUUUAGAAGCUACAAACCUCAAGAUGAGUCCUUACAGAAGGAAAAGUUAGAAGACGCAGAACCAUCGUUAGUUGAAGAAGAAGUUAAAGAUUUAGUUGAAGCUGGUAAGGAGAAGGUAGUUUUACAAGACUUAGAUAUAUCCAGUUUAGCCCCACGAAAACCUGAUUGGGAUUUAAAAAGAGAUGUUGCUAAAAAGUUAGAAAAGUUAGAGAGGAGAACUCAAAAAGCAAUCGCAGAAUUAAUUUGGGAACGAUUAAAAGAAGGGAAUGAAGAAAAUUUAAGUGCUAUGGUGUCUUUAAAUGAAAAUAGACCUGCAGAUGAAGAU